AUGCAAAUGAGUACAUUCAACCCUGGUGAAGUGUCCCAUUGGAAUGAUAAUGAACAAUCACCUUCAUUGAAUGAUUUAAGAAUGGGUAGAUUUCGACGUAUCACUUCAAUUACCUGUUUAUUCAAUAUAAUUAUAACAAUAGCUUUAUGUUUAAUGACUGUAAUCGCGAUCACAUUUGCAUUAUCUUAUUUUGGUGUAUGGUUCAAUAAUUCACAGUCAAAUGAUGUAAAUAUUUUCUGUGGAAAAAUUAAAGGUAUUCAACAGGAUGAUUAUACAAUAAGUUAUUUAGGAAUACCAUACGCUCUACCACCAAUUAAUGAAAAUCGUUUUAAACGCCCGAUAUAUUUAUCCUCAAAGAAAUUAUGUCAUAAAGCCUGGGAGCUAAGUAAUACCACAAUGUUGAACUCAGUUUAUUAUACACAAUAUUAUAAACCUUUAUGUUUGCAAUCAUUACCAAAAUCCUCACAUGAUACAUUUGUUGGCAGUGAAAAUUGUCUUUACCUUAAUAUACACGUACCAAUCAGCAAGAAAUCGAUAAAUCAACCAAAACCAGUAAUUAUUAUCAUAGAUGGAUUAUUUUUUAUGUAUAGCAAUGAACCAAGACAGCCUAGUUCAGAUACCAUACAUAAAACUGAUGCCAUUCAUGUUACAUUUAAUUAUCGUUUAGGUCCAUUUGGAUUUUCACCACAUCCUUAUGAAAAAAUACCGAAUCUUGGUUUACAUGAUCAAUUACUAGUGUUACAAUGGAUUCGUAAUAAUAUUGCUCAAUUUGGAGGUGAUCCAUUGAAUGUGAUUUUAUUUGGUUAUGGUUCCGGUGCCACGUGUGCAUUGACAUUGUUCUAUAGUUCAAUUAGUAAUCAAUUAUUUGAUAAACUAUGGAUUACUGCCCCUGGAUUAAGUCUAUCAAAUGUAUCUGUAGAUGAAACUAUUCAAACAAUGAAUUACGCUUUAAAUUGUCAAGAUGAAUUAAAUCCUAAUGAUUGUUUAAAUAAAAAGUUGAAUAAUUCAAAAAAUAUUUUAAAUAUGUGGAAUUGGUCGAUAGUUGAACAGUGGUUAAUUGACUCAGUGUUCAGUUUACCAUCUGUUCACGAAUUGAGUCAUCUCAAGACAGAAAGGUUUAUCAAUAUUUUGAUCAAUGAUGAUAAAUUUGUAAAUAUUGACUUUUGGAAUAAAAUUAUUUUCCCAAAUAGUAUUAAGCCAAUGGUUAUUGGACAAACAUCACAUGAAGUUUCAAUUUAUCCAACACCAAAAACAAUACCAUUUUGGAAUAAGAAUAUUUAUAAAAAUUAUAUUUUUAAGAAGUUGAAAACAAAAAAUUUAACACACUAUCAAUAUUUCCUUUCGAGUAGUUUUAAUAAUUUGAAUUGUACACAAAUGAAUAAUGUCACAGACGAUGAAUUAGUUGAUGAGAAUGAUGACUGGAUGUCUACCUUGAUGUCGCUCGUUACUGAUAGUCGACUGACUUGUCCGUUAACUGAGCUGGUUAAUAAGUUUACAAAUCAUUUUUAUCCAAUUUAUCAAUACUAUUUAACUGGAACUCACAGACGUUUUGAUCCAUAUUCUCUAAACGGAUAUGUACCGUAUGCUUUUCAUGGAUGGGAUGCCAUGUUAUACUUACGAACUUAUGAAGUACAUAACGAUUUCACCGAUCCAAGUUUAUUACAAACACAUGAUCCACAUAGUAAUGCAGAAGAAUUGAAUCGAUUAAGGAAAAUCAGUGAUUUACUCAAUUCAGCAAUGUAUCAAUUCUCACGAACUGGAUUUAUAUCUGAUUGGUAUGAGUCAAGAAAAGGCAGGUAUGAUGUGAAUCUAAUUGAAAAUGGUAGAUUAUGUAAAUAUGUAAAUAUAAUGAAAGAACGUUGUGAUUUUUGGAAAUUCUUUUUUGACAAUGAUUUAUUCAGUUCAUCAUGGAAAUUUUAAUGAAUUGAUUUUUCUCUUAUCAUCUCAAUCUGCUUAAUUGAUGUUUACUUCAAUCUACUGUUGUUGCAUAAAAAUGCAUUUCAGUAAAAAAAGCUUAGAAGAA